AUGGAGUUUGAUAUGAAAAGAAUCAUGCGAAACACUUUUGAAGAGGAAGAAUGCAUGAGAUUGGAUAUGAUUGAUGGAAUCGUGGAAGAACUUUUUCCGGUUUCAAAAGUCACAUUCCAUUCCGAUAAGACACAUGAGACCACCAGAAAAGAAUAUUCAAAUGAAGAUGAGCCGAAAGCCAAAAAUUUGUUUAGAAGAGAAAGUGUUACACCACCUUCUUAUAUUACUCCACGAAAAGUUGAGCUAAAAACGCUACCAUCUCACUUACGGUAUGUGUUUCUAGGCGACAACAUGACACUUCCCAUCAUCAUCUCAAACAACUUGUCAGAAAUACAAGAAGCAAGAGUUGUCAAAGUGGUGAAGCAACAUAUAUUGGCGAUUGGUUGGCAAAUUUCGGACAUUCGAGGAAUUAGUCCAUCGGUGGUAAUGCACAAGAUCCAUCUAGAAAGUGAGCCACGAGCCUCGGCUCAAAGACAACGAUGCUUGAAUCCAAAUAUGAAAGAGGUCGUGCACAAAGAGAUAGUAAAGCUUCUCGACACCGGAAUUAUAUACCCCAUAUCCGAUAGUGCGUGGGUUAGUCCCGUUCAAUGCCCAAAGAAAGGGGGGAUGACGGUGAUUGAAAACGAUAAGGGUGAGCAAAUUUCCACAAGGACGAUAACGGGAUGGCGUGUUUGUAUUGACUACCGCAAGUUAAAUACGGAGACGAGGAAAGACCAUUUUCCGUUGCCAUUUAUCGAUCAAAUGUUGGAGCGGGUAGCGGGCCAUGCUUACUAUUGUUUUCUCAAUGGAUAUUCCGGAUACAAUCAAAUUCUUAUCUUUCCGGAUGACCAAGAGAAAACAACUUUCACAUGUCCUUAUGGAACGUUUGCUUACCACAGGAUGUCAUUCGGUCUUUGUAAUGCACCGGCAACAUUUCAGCGAUGUAUGACCUCCAUCUUUGCCGACAUGAUUGAAUAUAUUAUGAAGGUCUUCAUGGAUGCUUUUUCGUGCCAUUUCAUGGUAGAGGAAGGAAUUGUCUUGGUACAUAAAAUCUCCAAAGACGGCAUUGAAGUUGAUAGAGCGAAAACGAAAAUCAUCGAAAAAUUACCACCGCCAACUACCAUAAAGGGAGUUCGUGCUUUCCUAGGGCACGCAGGGUUAAAGGAAGCACUUAUCUCGGCCCCAAUUAUUUCAUCACCUGAUUGGACUCUUCCUUUCAAACUUAUGUGUGAUGCAAGAGAUAUAGCACUUGCAUGCUUUGACAUCAAAAUUCGCGACAAGAAAGGAACGGAGAACGUCGUCGCCGACCACUUGUCAAGGUUAGAGAUUCCGGAACUAAUUUUAAGUGGCGUAGAGAUUAAUGAAACGUUUUCGGAUGAGAUGUUGAUGUUACUUUCGGAGGUAGAAACGUCAUGGUAUGCGGAUAUUGCAAACUAUCUAUCUUCGGAAAUCAUGCCACCGGACUUGACUUACCACCAAAGGAAGAAAUUCUUGAGCGAUGCCAAAUGGUUUCUAUGGGAGGAACCAUACCUCUUCAAGGUGUGUGGAGAUGGGAUUUUGAGGAGAUGUGUACCACUACAAGAGAUGAUGCCUAUACUUAGUCAAUGCCACUCAUCGGAUUACGCGGGUCAUUAUGGUACAUCUAGGACUGCCGCUCGUGUGCUAGAGUGCGAUUUCUUUUGGCCUACGCUAUUUCGAGAUGCAAAAGACUUUGUUAGUCAUUGCGAUAGAUGCCAAAGAGUGGGGAACAUAUCUAAGCGAGAUGAGAUGCCGCUUACCACCAUUCAAGAAGUGGAACUUUUUGAUGUUUGGGGGAUAGACUUCAUGGGUCCGUUUUCAGUGUCGUUUGGGAAACAAUACAUAUUGUGUCUGUGUUUCAGUGAAAAUUAG